GGGCCGACGCCGGCGGCGGGCGGGGUUCGCAGCUCCUCUCCCCUGAGAGCAGCCGGGGCUGCCGAGCUGGAGCUGGAGCCACAGCCGGAGCCCGCGGCAGAGUCGGAAUCCGGGGUCGGGCCGGAGCGGGCUCCAUCGACAUGGGGUCCGCAGACUCCAAGCUAAACUUCCGGAAGGCGGUGAUCCAGCUGACCACCAAGACUCAGCCCGUGGAAGCCACCGACAAUGCUUUUUGGGACCAGUUCUGGGCAGACACAGCUACCUCGGUGCAGGAUGUCUUUGCGCUGGUGCCGGCAGCCGAGAUCCGGGCUGUGCGAGAGGAGUCACCCUCUAACUUGGCCACCCUAUGCUACAAGGCUGUGGAGAAGCUGGUGCAAGGAGCGGAGAGUGGCUGCCACUCUGAGAAGGAGAAACAGGUCGUCCUGAACUGCAGCCGGCUACUCACCCGAGUGCUACCUUACAUCUUCGAGGACCCCGACUGGAGGGGGUUCUUCUGGUCCACAGUGCCCGGGGCAGGGCGUGGAGGGGGUGAGGAAGAGGAUGAGAACGCUCGUCCCUUGGCAGAGUCCUUGCUCCUGGCCAUUGCUGACUUGCUCUUCUGCCCAGACUUCACUGUGCAGAACCACCGGAGGAAUGACGUGGACUCAGCGGAAGAUGUCCAUUCCCUGGACAGCUGUGAAUAUAUCUGGGAGGCUGGUGUGGGCUUUGCCCAUCCCCCCCAGCCCAACUAUAUCCAUGACAUGAACCGGAUGGAGCUACUGAAGCUGCUGCUGACAUGCUUCUCAGAGGCCAUGUACCUGCCCCCAUCUCCAGAAAGUGGCAGCACCAACCCCUGGGUUCAGUUCUUUUGUUCCACAGAGAACAGACACGCACUGCCCCUCUUCACCUCACUCCUCAACACCGUGUGUGCCUAUGACCCUGUGGGCUAUGGGAUCCCCUACAACCACCUGCUCUUCUCGGACUACCGGGAGCCCCUGGUGGAGGAGGCUGCUCAGGUGCUUAUUGUCACCUUGGACCAUGACAGUGCCACCAGCACCAGUCCCACCGUGGACGGCACCACCACAGGCACCGCCAUGGAUGACGCUGAUCCUCCGGGGCCUGAGAACCUGUUUGUGAACUACCUGUCCCGCAUUCACCGUGAGGAGGACUUCCAGUUCAUCCUCAAGGGGAUAGCUCGGCUGCUGUCUAAUCCCCUGCUCCAGACCUACCUUCCCAAUUCCACAAAGAAAAUCCAGUUCCACCAGGAGUUGCUCGUUCUCUUCUGGAAACUCUGUGACUUCAACAAGAAAUUCCUCUUCUUUGUACUGAAGAGCAGUGACGUGUUGGAUAUCCUGGUUCCUAUCCUCUAUUUUCUCAACGACGCCCGGGCAGAUCAAUCUCGGGUGGGCCUGAUGCACAUCGGGGUCUUCAUCCUGCUGCUUCUCAGUGGGGAGAGGAACUUUGGGGUACGGCUGAACAAGCCCUACUCAGUGCGCGUGCCCAUGGACAUCCCGGUCUUCACAGGCACACAUGCAGAUCUGCUCAUUGUGGUAUUCCACAAAAUCAUCACCAGCGGUCAUCAGCGGUUGCAACCCCUCUUCGAUUGCCUGCUCACCAUUGUGGUCAAUGUGUCUCCCUACCUCAAGAGCCUGUCCAUGGUGACUGCCAACAAGCUCCUGCACCUGCUGGAGGCCUUCUCUACCACCUGGUUCCUCUUCUCAGCAUCCCAGAACCACCACCUGGUCUUCUUCCUUCUGGAGGUCUUCAACAACAUUAUCCAGUACCAGUUUGAUGGCAAUUCCAACCUGGUCUAUGCCAUCAUCCGUAAACGUGGAGUCUUCCACCAGCUGGCCAACCUGCCCACCGACCCACCCUCCAUCCACAAGGCACUGCAGCGGAGGCGGAAGACGCCAGAGCCUCUGUCCCGUGUUGGCUCCCAGGAGGGUACUUCCAUGGAGGGAUCCCGCCCUGCCGCUCCUGCAGAGCCAGGCACCCUGAAGACUAGCCUGGUGGCCACUCCAGGCAUCGACAAACUGACAGAGAAGUCCCAGGUAUCAGAGGAUGGUACCUUGAAGUCUCUAGAGCCCGAAUCCCAGCAAAGCUCAGCAGAAGGCAGCCUGUCUGAGGGGGAGCCCAGCCAAACAUGGAGAGAACAGAGGCGAUUGUCCAAUGCGUCAGCCAGUGGCCAGUGGAGCCCUACAUCAGACUGGAUCUUGUCCUGGAAGUCAAAGCUGCCGCUGCAGACCAUCAUGCGCCUGCUGCAGGUCCUGGUUCCCCAGGUAGAGAAGAUCUGCAUUGACAAGGGUCUGACGGAUGAGUCUGAGAUCUUGAGGUUCCUGCAGCAUGGUACCUUAGUGGGACUUCUGCCUGUACCCCACCCCAUCCUUAUCCGAAAGUACCAGGCGAACUCAGGGACUGCCAUGUGGUUCCGUACCUACAUGUGGGGCGUUAUCUAUUUGAGGAAUGUGGACCCGCCCAUCUGGUAUGACACCGACGUGAAGCUGUUUGAGAUCCAGCGGGUGUGAGGAUGGAGACCCGAGGGAACAGGGCCAGGAGAGCUGGUUCUAGUCCCCAGUGCUCCCCAACUCAUUGUUCUGAGCUUAAAGGUCCAUUAUCAGGGUGUGGGGCACACAGAGUGGCUGGUCCCGGAUGGCAGGUCUCAGGUGCCCAUUGUGGCUGGAGACAACAGAGAGUUAAAAAAAAAAAGUGCCCCUCUGUCCUCCAAGCUGUUCUCCUAGGAGCCUCUUGUCUCCAGAGAUACAACCCCAUCAGAACCCCUGCCCACUCUGGCUCCUCCUUCAAGACCUGCCCUUGUGCUGCCUGCCCCCAGAAGUUGCCAGGUCACUGUGCCCUAAGAGAUUGUCUCAAAAAGGAGCCAUGUGGUGCCCCAUGGGGCACUUGGUCACAGUGAAGGGAGUCCUGGCCACCUAGUCUGAGACUACUUACUGUUCCAGGCCUUCUCCUUUGCCAGUGCUCUGGGGGAAAGAGUAGCUGCUGGCCAAGGCAGCUGGCAACUUGUGAAGUAGGACUGUGGAGUGUGCUCUAGGGGCUUGGAGUAGGGUAUCGAGGGUGCUCUGUUACUGUCCCGGGGUCGGGGGAAUUUGCCUGACUGGUGGAACCUGAAGGAUGUCAGUGUCCCUGCCUUCUCUGUGGCCUGGGUGGUGGGAGUUACAUAGUCUAUGAGCCCCAACUCCGGUCUCCGGGUCUCCCAUGCCUCCCCUCUGUCAGUACAAUCUCUGCUCUGUACAAUCGACACUUUACACAAUAAAAUGUCCCUCCUUGUGC